AUUAUAUUCCGAAUUUGAAAUCCGAUGGGCGAAAAUAACCCCAAUUUUCGACGAACCCGGUCAUUUCUCACCUUAAAUAAAAAAUUGAAAAACACCAAAAUUCCAUCCAAUUCCGCAAAUUUCUCAAAUUAAUUUGAUAACACGGAGGAGAAAAUCAUGCGAAGAUUCUAAUUCCUUUCCCUCUCCCGAUGCAGGCAAUGCUCUGAUGAUGAUCUGAUUGAUUCCUUGUUCCAAUCAGAGAUUCGGAAUAUCAGAGCAUUGCUUGUCAUCCAAACAGUGGCUUUUGUCUUUUCAAUUUUUUAUUGCUUGGAAAAUUUUCUGAAACUUCUUCAGAAAUGGAGUUUCUGAACCGGGUUUCUGGCAGUUCUAGGAAUCGCUUGGCAUCCCACAUUCAUAGUUUUCUUGCUAAGAGUUGGGAUAUGAUGAUGGGUGAUACGAAAACUGAGGAUAAGUUGAGGGACUUUUACAUUCCGAAUUACAUACUUGUGAGUGGAGCCGAUAUGCCAAAAGUUCGAAUUGUGCCUUCGUGUCCGGUCAUUGUGUUUGUUAAUGCCAAAAGUGGUGGCCAGCUUGGAGGUGAACUUCUUCUUACGUAUCGUUCCCUUCUCAAUGAAAACCAGGUUAUUGACUUGGGAGAAAAGGCUCCUGAUAAGGUGCUACACAAGCUUUAUGUAACUUUAGAAACUCUCAAGAGCGGUGGAGAUGUUUUGGCUGCUGAAAUCGAGAAGAGGUUAAGAAUAAUCGUUGCAGGUGGAGAUGGUACGGCAGGCUGGCUCCUCAGUGUAGUUUCUGAUCUUAAACUACCUAACCCACCUCCGAUUGCCCCAGUACCAUUAGGAACUGGAAACAACCUCCACUUCGCAUUUGGUUGGGGGAAGAAAAAUCCCGGCACAGACCGUCAAUCUGUGCAGUAUUUCUUGAAUCAAGUGAAGAUUGCAAGGGAAAUGCAAAUUGACAGCUGGCACAUAAUAAUGAGAAUGAAGUCUCCAGCGGAUGAUUCUUGUGACCCUAUUGCACCUCUUGAACUACCCCAUUCUUUACAUGCAUUUCAUCAGGUCUCCCAAAAUGAUACACUCAAUAUGGAGGGUUACCAGACUUUUCGCGGCGGCUUUUGGAACUAUUUUAGCAUGGGAAUGGAUGCUCAAAUAUCAUAUGAUUUUCACGCACAGAGGAAGUUGCAUGCUGAAAAGUUUAGAAACCAGUUAGUUAAUCAAGGUACUUACUUGAAGCUUGGAUGUACACAAGGUUGGUUUUGUGCUUCUCUUUCGCAUCCAGCUUCACGGAACGUAGCACAGCAGAUAAAGCUUAGGAUCAUGAAAAGACAAGGUCAUUGGGAGGAUGUCCUCAUACCUCGCAGCAUCAGGUCUAUUGUUUGCCUCAACUUACCCAGUUUUUCUGGUGGUCUUGAUCCAUGGGGGAAACCAAAUAGGAAGAAAAUGCAAUAUCGGGAUUUAACUCCUCCAUAUGUGGAUGAUGGCCUCAUUGAAAUUGUUGGUUUUAGAGAUGCCUGGCAUGGUCUUGUGUUACUUACUUCUAAGGGACACGGGACUCGUAUUGCACAAGCAAACAGAGUACGUUUCGAGUUUUGCAAGGGUGCAGCUGACCAUACAUUCAUGAGAAUUGAUGGGGAGCCAUGGAAACAGCCUCUUCCAGCUGAUGAUGACACAGUGGUUGUAGAAAUUUCUCACUUUGGCCAAGUCAGCAUGCUUGCCACACCACUAAAUCGUUCCCAAAGCAUACAUGAACCCCUGUCACCAGUGGGCUCCCACGAUGAGGACGAUGAUAGUAUUGACGAAGAAUAUGCAGAUGCAGAAGAAAUGGAAGAGAGGAGGAAGUUUGGUGCAUCUGAGACGUUUAAAUUUCCUGACGGGCCUGACAUAGCUUGACUUAGUUAAGCCCUUAAUUGCUCACAAGGUCAACCUGCAUUGCAGGUUCGCGAAACUGGAGAUAGGUUUUGUCCAACAGAGUCUAUCGGGGCCUCAAUUUGAAAUCUCACCGUCCUGACAGUGUAGUCGAGACAUGCUAUUUUGCGGAUUGUGUGCAUACAUAAUUCUAGUAACAUCUGGUGAAUUCGGAUUCAGAUUCGAAAUGCACUUCUUUUCCUGAAAAUCGCUUGAUUGUAUAGGGCAUAUAUACUCGAUUCUGUAACCGUAGUUAUCAAUCCUUAGCUUGUGCAGCAAAACUCUGGUAUUUAAGGCUAUAUAAGAAGAGAGCUCUACUGCCUGUAUGUA